UUCCUUUCUUUUUGACUAUAUUGUUUCCCAAUUGAAGCAUUGCAUACUUGAUCCUGCAAUGCGACAAUUGGCAAUAACCCGUCUACCUUUGGAUGCGCAGAGGUCCAGCCAAAGGAUGCGGCUGAAGGGAGCAAUGGAGUUGAACCAUGGCAGUGUCUGUACAUGUCAUGAUUCAUAGUCUACUGCUACCAUUCUUCGUCCCUGGCUUGCUAUCCAUGGUUCUGGAAUCCAGAUCAUGUGUAACACAAAAUGUCACAAGCACGGGCGUACCUUUGAAAGAAAGGGCAUCGAGAGAAGUGGAUAAGCUGGAAUUGGAAAGGAGCUUUGACAGUAUGGCAAUAUUGUCAUUGCUCAAUUGUUAGCCAGGCGGUGGUGGUUGUGGUAGCCAGG